AGGAGAGAGAGAAAGAGAGAGACGGAGAGAGUGAACGGUGUACUAAGUCGAUGUUAAUCGGUUGCGGUGUCAAAUUGAUCGUUAAGAUCGUUGACGGUGAUCAGAUAUCUCGUUUCGGUUACGCGAUCUUCGCGAUCGCACUUUUCGCGCGCGCAACGACGACCAACGAGCCGCCUAUCGGCGACGUAUGACUUAGAAUGAUGACGACGAUUUAUCGGUACUGAUCGCCUGCACCACUCGGUCAUCGUCGUGACGGCCAUGGCUUGUCGCAUGUGAUUUCGAUUCGUACCAGCGGCGGUGACCGGAGGCGCAACCGAUAACCGAUGUUGUAGUAGACAGUGGACGUGCAAUUAGUUCGAACAUAUAGUGGCCGGUUCGACCACGUCCGCACGUCGUCCGUGACGCGAGUGCUUCGUGGAAAACCAUCGGGACACGAGCGGGCGUUGACAAGUGACGGAGACGGUCUAACGGCAACGGACCCGCGAGAUCGAGUUCAUCGGCCACUGGUUUCGGUCGGUGAAAGAACGAGUUGAACGGUUGAAACUAAAGCCAGACUACAGAGGAUCGUCGACAUCGAAUCGGUCACGAUACAUCCCGUUUGAGGCAGAAGCAAUAAGCUCAUUGCGACGCGGCUCUCGGUGGCUCUCCUUGCGGUGCGGUGUGUCUGCGUCCGAUGAGCGACAGCUAAGCGCCGGCUGUGCUCGAUAGACAAGCAGGAAAUAGAAUCACUAGGAACUAUAUAGCGCCCUCAGCAGCAGCACAGCACAGCACAGCAAUAUGUCAACCAGACUGGCCCCCGGUACUGGCCGCACCUCAUCUUCAUCCUCGUCGUCGUCAUCGUCGUCGUCGCUGUCGUCGAUCGUCUUAUUGUUGCACGUGCUGCUCGUGCUGUGGCCGGAUGGAACGGAAGGAGCGGUACGCAGUGGACGUGUUGGUGGUCAAUUUUCCAGCUCCCGACAGCGUAUGCCAAGUACGGGCGGCAAGUCGAACAACGAAUUGCGCCACCUCCAGCACAUGCCCGUAUCGGUGUUACCGGCCGGUCCCUUCCUACCGAUGCAUCCUAGACCGCCCGGGAGGAGUGGUGGCCGGGGAGGACCGGGCAAAAGUUAUGCUUGUCCGCAGAAUUUGACGCAAUCCUUGACGCCGGCACUGACAUGGCCGCUCGGUGGCGACACCGUUCCGAACGUGGCGACACCCUUGAUGGAAGAUAGGACCGUCCCGUUGCUCGUCGUUGAUACCAGUGCCAACGAUACCGACGAUACGGAUACCGACAACAGCAGCAACAACAUCGAACCCCAAGCCAAGAGAUACACUUUCAAACUUCCGGAAACGAGUCCUCUCACGAUAAGCUUGAUGGCGACAUGUACGCGACACGAGCGCUCCUACGAUCCUCCGAUCCAAUGGUGGGUGAUGCACGAACAGCGCUACGUGGCAGCGCUAACCAGCGGAAGCAGCUUCUAUCGAUCCUGCGCCCAGCGAGGCCUUUAUCAGGUGGUGGUCAAUGUUACGGGCCUUUCGAUGGCCAGGAGUUGCAGUUACCGCUUGGGCUAUAAUCGGAAAGGAGCGGAAGAGUACCGUAGCUGGCCAUUCCGUAAUCUCACCACACCAUCACGCAUCAAGGUGCAGCAGCAAAGACGACGAUUUGUCGCGUUGAUUAAAUGGGAAAAGAGUAAACUGGAUAUUCAUGCGAUGCACUACUGUCUGGCGGUUAGCACCAGCAGACGCCAGCGUAGUCUUUGUCAAGCCGUAGGGAACACCAUCCAUCCUGCGUCAACGUGCGAUUCGAUCGCCAUCAACGAGUACCUUAAGCGACAGUUGCCCCGGGACGAACGCAAAAUGGAUCCCAAUGCGGAAACGACACUCGUGUGCACCGGUUCUCGGACGAAGCAGCUGAUCCGAGGGAUGAAACCCAACGUGACGUACUUUGUUGAUGUGUUUGCGAUCCACUCGAGGCACAACAAUCUAUCGUUUCUGCUCGGGGCGACCCAGGUGCAGCUGAACCGGACUCGUCCGACGCAACUGAUUGAGGGUAAAGUGGUUAUCGGGAAGCUUUUUACCCUCGGUGGUCUCUCGCUGUUUAGCUUCAAGGUUCCGAAACGCUCCCAGAAUAACUUUUUCAAGCUUCACGUAACUCCUUGUGGCGGUUCCGUUAAUGUGGAAAUCCUCAAGAGAAAACAGCACAUUCUGGAUAAAGUCUGGGAUGUUUACUACCCCAAAACGAUUACCGUGAACAACGUGCGGCCCGGUGAGCGGUACUUAAUCAGGGUUUACGAAGCGGAAGACACUUCGCGUCUCAACCGGAUACAGGUGGCAGUGACAUCGCGCGAAGAGUUUGUCGAUCUUCCGAAGAUGCCACAGAAUACCUCCAUCACCGAGCUGGUACCAUUGCGCAAGUGCCAAUCGAGCACGAUCGCUUGGUUCCGAUCACCGGACAAGGAUGUAACAUACUGCGUGUAUGUUUUCAAGCUGUCCAAAGCACAGUACUAUAAUAAUGUUAAGAUUCCAACGUACUGCGAGCUGGAAAGCAGGGAGGUGUGCAAUCAUCCACAGUUUCACAAUAAACAUUGUUUCAACGACAACAACUACAACCCACUUUCACUAGACAUUCCCAACCUGCAGCCCGAGCACUACUACUCCGUCUUUGUGACGGCCAUUCCAGCGCGAGGACGAAGCCUUCCCUAUAAAUCGGUUCGCAUCAAGACGGCAUCCUUCUGCCCGGACACCAAACAGUUACGAUCCAAUCGAGGAAUGCUGAGUACCAAAGGCGGCUUCCGGAAGGGUUUGGCUAAUCCACGGAACACGUCUUCUCAAGCUGUUGGACACAACAGUCUUCCUGAUGAUGCGCGCGGAGGAACGAAACGUCGUGCCAGAAACGGACGCUUACAGACCACGAUACGGAAGACCUAAGAAGGUUUGGAGCGUAUCUCCUUUAAAUUGAUGCCAUGUAAAUACUUUCAAUGCUCGUGCAGGACGCACGCAAUCGCAAGUGCGCCGCAAUUGGCCACGAGCCACGAUGUACCAAAAAGUCGCGUAAAUGUAAGAAUUUCAGCUGCUCCCCGAGCGCGGUGCUGCUUCUGUGGUCGAUCGUCGACAUGAAUCCUUUAUAAGGGUUUGGUGGUUCCGAUGAUUCGAAGUAUGAUUCGUUAAUCGCUGGAGUAUAAAAUGCUACUGCUGUCACUAAUAGCUUACUUGCUGCUCGGUUCCCGAAGGCAAAUAGUUCGUGUUAAUUGAGUAAUUAAACAAAAUAAGAUACUGAAUAAUACCUUCCACUUUCAAAUGGGAUUCGCUUCAAGUCUUCAUUUGCUUCAAUU